GAGACGCACGUGGAUUUCAGAGAGUACAGCAUCCUCAGAGGGGCAUUGAGUUUGUAAAGCAUUGAGCUGCAGCAGCACAGUGGCUCCCCCUCAGGCCAGUUGCAGUAUUGCAGCGCUGCCAAGCUGCACUCAGCAGAAAAUUGACUUCGUGGCCACACAUGACUGUUACAAGAAGGUAAGAAGGUAAACUUACAAUCAAGAGGUGGCGAGGUGACACGCAAGACAUAUGACAUGGAGGUCAAAAGUCACCUGAUAACAGGCCCUGAUCUGCAGGCUGGUUUGGACAGUAAGCAGCGUGCUGAGCGGAUGGUUCAGCUGCAGGAUAGACGCAGGAGUCUGCAGUCACUGCUCAACACACGAUUAGCAGAACUCAGACAAGUGUGUCUACAGGAGGCGGAACUGACUGGAGAAGUUCCUCACGAAUAUCCCCUUGAAACCGGAGAGAAGCCCCCUCUCGUGCGCCGGAUUGUUGGUUUGUCCCGCAGUGGUUCCAAAUAUAACACGAAAAAUGAGGAAGAGGACUCCUCUCAGCGCAAGACAAAGAAAACUCUGUUCAGUGGCGCCCUCCGCAGGCAUGUGGAUUCAGAACAGCAUCCUCCACAUGGCAAACGAACAGUUCAUAGAGGAUGCCACACAGAUAAUACGGUCAAGUCAGAGAACAGCUCCACAUCAGAUUCAACCAACCAGGACACUGAAGAAGCCUCUGACAGUCUGUCGCCCCGGCUGGUCUUGGGGAGUCCAGACAACAGGUUUUCUCGCAAACUCUCCCCCGUGGAGAUCUACUACGAGAUUAAAACGCGCCGCAACUCUGUGACCAGCUCAGCCAGCCCGAAUCACACUCUUACAAGGAGUGUGUCCAAUUUGGAAGGUAGAAGUGUACCGGCAACUCCACUCCUGUCCCGGAAUGGAAUAACAGGACUCCACAUCAGGUCAGAAUCAUCAGGCGGCACUGCUGCUGUGAAGCUGUGGUCAGACAAUCCCGAGGCACCACAUCUGGUAUCUUUACAGUCUCAGGAGGGUUCAUCCUCAGGGUCCUACGAGCAGGGAGGUGGCCCUCACAGCUCUCAUACACGACGCAGCAACAGUUCUGAGACUCUACUCGACCGUAACGCCACCAUAGCGGAGGAGGGAAUUCAAAGAUCAGGUAUGCCCGUACGCAACGGACCAUACAAAAGCUCGGAAGCAAUAAUGGACACGACUUUAAAACAGGCUCAGUGGAGCAGCCCUGACCGCCAAGUAAACGGCCACACCGAACUGAGUCGCGUUCGCUCGGGUGUGGUAGGUCGAGGCACCAAUGGAGGUGUCGGUUACAGUGAGAUUCUCAUGGAUUAUGUCUGGGGAAAGCAACAGAAGAUGCAGGUGCAGCAACAACAAAGACUGCAUGUCCAGAACGGUGCAAAAACGUGUCCGUGGACCGAGUGUUCCAAUGCUCCGCCCCCACCCUACAAGAAUGGAUUUCCACAUUCACAGCAGCUUAUCCUGGGCACUGGACCUCCGGCAUACAGCCCCCUGAUGCUGAGAGGCAAACCUGGAGAGCCACGGAGGGUCAAAGUGACUCGCACAAAGUCCUGUGGCCCGUUUGUGCCCACACAACAGCACCAGCAAGAGUCUAUCGUACUCUCUGCAUAUACGGAGAACAACACGUCCAAUGCCAAUAAUGCAGUGCAUUACCAGCCGACAGACAACCCCCAUAGACCGCCCCACUAUCCCUUCGAGUCAUCCGCCCCCACGACCCCUGAUGACCCCACACGCAGCCUGCACAAGGCCCUAGCGCUUGAGGGGUUGAGAGACUGGUAUCUGCGCAACGCAGUGGGGCAGACGGUCAAUGGAGCGAAGUGCAAAGAGGGGACACAGACUCAACGCAGGCGUACAACGUCCUCUCUGCACAACUCGCACCCACACCCGCCCCUCAAACACCAGCCACAGUCCUUUCAAGGAGACACACCCUAUCCACAGCUGCCCCAGUCGGCCAUGCUUCAUGGUCAUCCUCUACACGGAAGGUCGGUGGAGCUCUCUUCGUACCAUGACAACUUUUCGUCUAAAAUGCAGGAUAUGACAAUUAAAGAGACCAGUAAUGACAGACCCACACCAGGCACGCUGGUCUGACAUGCAAACAAACAAACUCACUCUUGCGUACAUCUCAUGCAAACACAAAGAGACUAAAGCAAAUGACAGACUGAAUUCCAUGAUUCCUUUCACAUAAAUUCAACAGUCACAAUGAAAUAAUUUAGACAGAAUACACUCCAGCAUUCUUAUGCUAAGAAUUGAGACACUUGUGGUCAAGAUGCUUUUUCGGCAUGAAGUCUAGUCCAUCUCUGGAUUCCUGUUGGCACACUAACAUUUUAUAUAAUUCAGUAAAUUACCUUUCUUAUCAAUAAAAGUACACGCAAGCUAUGGCAGAGAUUUGCCAGAAAAAAAAACCACACACAUUAUGGCAGAAUUUUCCCAUUAGUAAGAGUUAUUUUCAUGGUCUGCUGUAUUCUAAGGCUCUAUUUCCUUUAAUUUGUCACAAAAAAUAUAUACAAAGAGCUCAUGUUUUUUCCAUUUGUGGUCAGAAAGACCUUCCAAAAGAAACAUUAGACACUUAAAGGGAUAGUUCACCCCUCAAAAAAGUAAUCAUUUACUCACCCUCAUGUCAUUCCAAACCCAUAUGACAUUAUUUCUUCUAUGGAACACAAAAGAUGUUAGGGUCUAUUGUAAAAUGAUGCAAUGAAAAUGAAUGGUGACUGACGCUGUCAUAUCUACUUGAAUGAAGAAAGACCAAAAAUCUUAAAAACAGUUGAAGAUUAUUAUCAAAUCAGAAGUCAUAUCUGUAUAGUAAUAAUAAAAUAAUAAUAGUAAUUUCAGAUAGGUCCAGCUAAUGUUUGUGUUUUUGAGUUAACUGACAGGUCUGUAUCUAAAAUGUGUUUGGCUCUUUCACCUGGAAGGCGGGACUUCCUUUUCUACAUCCCCCAUAUAGAGCUGUUCAGCUUGUAGUCCAGAAACCCAGAAGAGUAUUUGCCAUGGGUUCCCUCUGGAUUUUCCUAUGGGACAAAUAAGGUCUGUGUUAAACAUUACAUGAUGAUAUAUGGACGUUUUGUUCUACAACAUAAAUGAAACACUCAAACAUCAAACGUGAAUUUUGAAGCUGUAUUGAAUUAUAUACAUUUUUUAAAAUACACAUGGUGGCUUCAAAAUUCAUGUUUGAGGUGUGUUAUAUAUGUUGGAAACAUAUCAUAUCGUCAAAUAAUGUUUGCCAAUGUUUUGCCUUAUUUUACACAUAAGUCCAAAAACCCCAUUAUAAUAACCCAUUGGAAAAUCACGAAGGAACCCUUGACGAAUUAGACUUCCGGGUUCACCUACAAUUGACAUCACGUCUAAACAGCUCUAUUCAUCUUAGAGGUUAGGGUCAAAGUUUAUUCCCCCUAUGUUUCCCCUUAUGUUAGGGUCAAAGUUUAUUCCUCCUAUGUUUCCCCUUAUGUUAGGGUCAAAGUUUGUUCCCCCUAUGUUUCCCCUUAUGUUAGGGUCAAAGUCUGUUCCCACUAUGUUUCCCCUUAGGUUAGGGUCGAAGUCUGUUCCUCCUAUGUUUCCCCUUAGGUUAGGGUCGAAGUCUGUUCCUCCUAUGUUUCCCCUUAGGUUAGGGUCGAAGUCUGUUCCUCCUAUGUUUCCCCUUAGGUUAGGGUCAAAGUCUGUUCCCCCUAUGUUUCCCCUUAGGUUAGGGUCGAAGUCUGUUCCUCCUAUGUUUCCCCUUAGGUUAGGGUCGAAGUCUGUUCCUCCUAUGUUUCCCCUUAGGUUAGGGUCAAAGUCUGUUCCCCCUAUGUUUCCCCUUAGGUUAGGGUUGAAGUCUGUUCCUCCUAUGUUUCCCCUUAGGUUAGGGUCGAAGUCUGUUCCUCCUAUGUUUCCCCUUAGGUUAGGGUCGAAGUCUGUUCCUCCUAUGUUUCCCCUUAGGUUAGGGUCGAAGUCUGUUCCUCCUAUGUUUCCCCUUAGGUUAGGGUCGAAGUCUGUUCCUCCUAUGUUUCCCCUUAGGUUAGGGUCAAAGUUUGUUCCCCCUAUGUUCCCCCUUAGGUUAGGGUCAAAGUCUGUUCCCCCUAUGUUUCCCCUUAGGUUAGGGUCGAAGUCUGUUCCUCCUAUGUUUCCCCUUAGGUUAGGGUCAAAGUCUGUUCCCCCUAUGUUUCCCCUUAUGUUAGGGUCAAAGUCUGUUCCCCCUAUGUUUCCCCUUAGGUUAGGGUCGAAGUCUGUUCCUCCUAUGUUUCCCCUUAGGUUAGGGUCAAAGUCUGUUCCCCCUAUGUUUCCCCUUAUGUUAGGGUCAAAGUCUGUUCCUCCUAUGUUUCCCCUUAGGUUAGGGUCAAAGUCUGUUCCUCCUAUGUUUCCUCUUAUGUUAGGGUCGAAGUCUGUUCCCCCUAUGUUUCCCCUUAGGUUAGGAUCAAAGUUUGUUCCUCCUAUGUUUCCUCUUAUGUUAGGGUCGAAGUCUGUUCCCCCUAUGUUUCCCCUUAGGUUAGGGUCAAAGUUUGUUCCCCCUAUGUUCCCCCUUAGGUUAGGGUCAAAGUCUGUUCCCCCUAUGUUUCCCCUUAGGUUAGGGUCGAAGUCUGUUCCUCCUAUGUUUCCCCUUAGGUUAGGGUCGAAGUCUGUUCCUCCUAUGUUUCCCCUUAGGUUAGGGUCGAAGUCUGUUCCCCCUAUGUUUCCCCUUAUGUUAGGGUCAAAGUCUGUUCCUCCUAUGUUUCCCCUUAGGUUAGGGUCAAAGUCUGUUCCUCCUAUGUUUCCUCUUAUGUUAGGGUCGAAGUCUGUUCCCCCUAUGUUUCCCCUUAGGUUAGUGUUGAAGUCUGUUACCCGCUAUGUUUAAUGUUUAACGGCGCUAUAGGGAACACUGACCUAAGGGGAAACAUAGGGGAACAGACUUCAAUACAACACCGGCACAUCAGGAAAAGUCCCGGUCCUCCCGAUGGCCAGUCCGCCCCUGAACACCAGCAAAAUAAACAGCUUUAAAAUUGGUUAAUUACCUCACUCAAACACAUACUAUUUAUACAUGAGAUUAAUAUCUAUAUCCACAACAUACUUACAUUACAGAAAAUGAAGUGAAUGAACAGGUGAACUUGAACUAAAUUUCACGCCUAGUCAUAAUAUGCAUUAUCAGUCUUCAGAGUUAGGCUAACUUCUAAAGAGUAUCUAAUAUUUCAGUGUACUCAUUAUAUGCUAUUAUUUCAGGAGCUCAUGUUUUCACAACAAAGGCAAUUGUACAGUGUUUUAUAUGCAGCCUAUCUUUUAUAUGUUUGAUGCACAUUUAAAUUAAGAUUUGUUUUUUCUAAAUGCUUGAAUAUUUGAUAAAAAUUUGGUCUUGUACAUUUUUGUCAUUUUGCACAUUAUCAUCAACUAUGUUCAUUGACAAAAAUUACAUGACAUUAUAUUGAGUGUAAAACUGACUAAAAUGAAUGAAUAUGAAAUGAUGAAAUAUUGACUACUUUUAAAGAACAUUUUCGUCAAAAGACUAAAACUAUGACUAAAACAAAAAAACUGCCUUCGUCUUAGGCUACAGUAAAUCAUCUCUGGCCUACCAUCUCCUUUUGUGUUCCAUGGAAGAACACAAGUCAUAUUAAAUGUUAUGUGGUGCACUGUCCCUCUAAGACCCUUUGAAAAAAUCAGGAUGCUUUUAAAAAUAAUAGUAAUAAUUUCUAUGCAAAUUACAUUCAAAAUUACUCUUAUGACAAAAGAGAUAAAUUGUUUCUGAAAUACAGAGUUGUAGUUUAAAAAGAAAACCAAGCUAAAUGUUGAACUUUGAUGGACUGUUAUAGAGUUAAUGACUUAAUCCAGUAAGUAUUUUAUUACUAAAUUUGAAUGAUGUGGAAAAGCUUAAAUGUGAUUAUUCAGGUUGAUUAAGAUGAAUGGCACAAAGGUCGCUGUGCGGCUCAAACGGCGUAAUCUCAUAUUUAGGAUUUUCUUUAUCCUCAGGCUGUUACUGUAUAUGCCAGUAUUACUUUACACAUUGACAAAGAAUAUAUAGCUUAAAUUAUAAAUGACUUUAGACUUAUUUUAGGUAUUAUGUAUAACAACAACCACUAGGAGGAGCCCCGUCAUCUGUUUUCUAUGGGUUCUGGAUCCUUACAAAUCAACAGCAAUACCCACUGCAGAUGUAUGCAAAACGGCCUGCCCAGGUGCUGUGCUUGUCACAAGAAUAACCAGCUUAUUGUUUUUACAGUCUUAAUUGCAACUGUGCAUUGUUUUCCUUAUCGGAUUGACUGCAGAUGUCAAUAUUUACUGUAUUGCUCUGUAAUUAGAUUGAAUGAAAUGAAAAGGACUAAUUAGCCGAAUUGGGACUUUGCCAAGACUAGCAGUUUUCCUGCAGCCCCAUUUAGAAUCUAAUAUAAUAUAUAUAAGAUACUCAGAAUGUGUCGUAGCUUACCAAUGCCAGGAUGCCAACCUUUGACCAUCGUGCCUAGCAAAUGCAAACGCCAGUGAAGACAUUGAAAAAUAGUGAUUUAUCACAAUGUGCUUUUAUCACAGCCAGUUUAAAUAUAGAAUUAGGCUCCUGCAUCAAGUUCUAACCAAACAAGCAUAGUUUGAUAGUUUUAAAGGCACAGUGCAUUUGAAAAUGAAAAUUCUAUUAUUGUUUACUCGCCCUCAUGUUUUUUCAAAUGCUUGUGACUUUUUCUCUUCUGAGGAACACUAAAGGACAUGUUCGGCAGCCUCAGUCACCAUUCACUUUCAUAGAAUGGAAGAAAAGAUGCAAGUGAAAGGUAACUAAGACUAACGUUCACAUCUCCUGUUGUCCAUGGAAGAAAUUAAGUAAAAUGGGUUUGGAACAACAUACGGGUGAAUAAAUAAUAAUAAUAAUAAAUUACAUUUCUGCAAACACUGCUCCUUUAAACACAACAAAAUAGACAACCAAGGGUUUGGAUUGCUGGCUAAUCCACUCUACAAAAAGUCAUUUGUUUUUUAAAAUGUUAGUGCUAUCUUUUGUAAAAGCCUUGCUAUACCAGUGCAUGCGGGUAUCUGUUAAUUCUACUUUAUUCCUUCUAAGAAUCACCUAAUGUUGUCCAAUAAUUUCAUAUUGUUAUAUUGUCAUUGAAUCAUGUACUGCAUUGUAGGCAACUUGGUGUAUGUUUUGAAAAGCUUCUACAUGUCAGAUGCCUUCACCAUGAAUAUACUGUAAUACUGCGCUGACAGUUGAACUGACCGAAGCAAUCUAAACUUUCUCAGAUGUUGGGCAUAGAGCUCUAACUUUGUCACCAAAAUGAUGCUUGUCUCAGGACUACACUGAAAGCUGCUUUGAUUGAGGUCUGUCCAUUUUAAAAUCAACACCACUAAUGCAUGGGAGUGUCACUGAUAGUUUUUAACACAACUGACCUGUGAGAAGGUUUAUGAAUGUUUAGAAAUUUUAAGUCAUCUUUGUCAAAACAUUGUCAUUUUUGAAGAUAAUAUGUGAAAUAUGAUUAUUUACAUUGAUAACAAACUCAGAAAAUGAUCUAAUAAAUGAUGGAUAUGAUAGGAAGUAUAAAAUACAUUUAUUUUUGAUUAAAGAUAAAUAACUUGAUAAUAAUUGAUGAUUUAAAAUUAUAACACUGAAGGCAAUUAAAACUAAUAAAGUUUGUAAUAUCUAUUUUGAUUCUACAUCAUGGUACCAAAUGCUAUGACUGUUUAAAUAUGUUCCCUCCAUGCUUUGGAUACUUUUGGAGAUUGUAUUUCCCAGGUUUCAUUUAAAAGUUCCUUAUCUAAGCUCUGUUAAAAAUUGUUUAACUUCCUUGUUCUUUAACUGCUGUUUUCCUGCUACUAUGUUUUAUUAUUUUUGAAAGAACCUUUUCCAAAUUGUAUCAAAUUUGUUUUUCCCUUUUGUUUUCAACAUUUUAUAUAUUCAUUGAA